CAGUCGACGACGACACCACUUCCGAGUUGACAAGAAUCAUGGAUGACUUGUCCCGCCUGCUAGAAGGCACUCUCUCAAACGACACUGCACGCCGCGAAUCCGCAGAAGCCCACUUGACCGAGUCGCUGUCGUCGCCUGGGUUUGCAUUGCUACUCACGCAGUACCUCCAAGCCCCGCUUUCGCUGUCGCUUGCCCAACUCGCAGCCGUGCUGCUCAAGAAGUUUGUGUUGGCACACUGGGAGGAGACGACGGGUGAAGACUCGACGUAUGUAAUUGGUGACGCUGAAAAAGGCCAAGUGCGCAACCUGCUCGUGCACAGCCUGGACAACCUCGCCCACGGUACAGCCCCCAGCCACUUUGGAGACUCCAAGUUCCAAACUGCGUACAGUCUCGUGUUGGCCGAACUCGUCAAGCAUGACUGGCCUGAGAAGUGGCCCGCCCUCGUGCCUGGGAUCAUCGAGCUCAUGGCCACACACACGGAUUUUGCGCUCAAGUUCUUCAGCGUCGCCACCGACCACAUCGCGUCGGACCACUUUGUCGAGCUGGUCCCGCUGCUGUUUCCGCACUUGGAGCGCGUGUUUGACUCGCCGUCGACUCCCCCGCGGCUCCAGGGCCGAGUCGUGGCCAUCGUACAAACCUGCCUCGCCAUGCUGGGCAUGAUGUCUCAGUCGGGCGAGUCGGCCCAGGCCGGUGUCGUGCUGCAGGCCACCGUCUCCCCGUGGAUCGGUCGCUUUGUGCGCGCACUGCAAAGCCAACCAAGCCAGCACCGCGGACUGUCCAUCGUGGUAGUCCGAGCUCUCACGUCGUUCAUCGUGGAAUGGCCCAAGGACAUGAGCACUCUGGUGCCAUCGAUCUUGCCGCCGGUAUGGCAGCUGCUUGUCUCGUCCGUGGCCGCCUACGAAGCCGACGUUGUCCUCGACGGCGAAGGACACGACGACGACGGGUACGACAGCGACGGCGAGCCGAUCGGCCAAGCUGCGCUGACCAUGGAACUGUUUGACUUUGUGCGGGGACUGGUGCAUGCCCCAACAAAGAAGACGCGGGCACUUGUAACUGCGUCCCUCCAUCCUCUCGUGCACACGAUGGUCGCGUACAUGCAGAUCACCCGCGCGCAGCUGGAGCUGUGGACGGACGACCCGAACCAGUACGUGGUGGACGAGGACGACGACAGUCUGCAACACAACGUGCGCAACACGGGCGUGGACUUGCUGCGGGAACUCGAGACGACCCUUGGCACGAGUGUGCUCACGGCGUCGAUUCAAGCCACCCAUCAACGCCUGACCGAGUCGUCGUGGCGCGUCCAAGAGGCGGCGUUGCUGGUCAUGGGCGCGUUGGCCGAACCGUUGCUCAUGACGCGAGCCACGAGCGACGCCGCCCCCACGGGCUUGGACUUGCCUAGCUUUUUGACCACACUGUUUGACGUGAUGCACGCUGCAGAGUCCAACAUUUACCUCAAAGCCCGGGCGCUGUGGUGUGCCAGUCGGUUUGCGACCGUGAUGACUGAAGCCCAGCUGCUUGCGUUCAUCCAAGUGGCCAUCUCAGGACUCGACCCCGCCCAAGUGAUUCCCGUCAAGUUGUACGCGUGCCGCGCCCUCGGCACGUUUGUGCAGCAUGAAAAAGCCGACGCGAUCUUGCCGCCAUUCGCCACGACCAUUGUCGACCGACUGCUGCAUUUGACAGUGGACGCCACGCCCGAAACGUUGCAUGUCGUGCUCGAAACGCUGGCUCUCGUCGUCGUCGUGCCAGGCACACCCGUGCAACGUGUCUUGACCUGCGUCGUGCCGUUGUGGCUCCGCCACUUGGACGACCGCAUGGUGCACGAUGUGACGGUCGACAUCCUCGCCGCUUUGGUCGCGGACGCAGAUGCCGCCCCAGUAGUUUUAACCCACGUCGUGCCCGUCCUCGCCAACGUGUUCAACUCUCUGUACGUGCUGCAAGCGAUCGAAGUCGUGGAGCUCCUCGUGAAGCAAGCGGCGGUGGCGCCUCUGGUCGUGCCGGUGUUGUUGGAUCCGCUGCUGCACAUCCUCAUCACGACCGACGACGGGUCCGCCUUGCAGCACGGGGGGGACGUCCUCAAGUGGAUCGUCUUGUACGCAUCGCCGCAGCUGGAGCAUUUUUCUUCUCCCUCCACAGGUGCGAGUGGCGUCGAUGGCGUCAUGCAAGUCGUGGCCAAGCUGCUGUCGCCGGACGUGUCGGACUCGGGGGCGAUGGGUGUGGGGGGCCUUGUGACCCAAGUCCUCCUCCGGCUCGCCCCCUUGCUGCCCGUCGCGACCGUCCACCAGCUGCUUCAUGCUGUGUCCACCCGCCUCGCUAGUGCGCAAAUGCCGUCGCUGAUUCAGUCACUGUGCACCGUGUACGCCCGCCUCGUGCAUUCAUUCGGCGUGGCGACCAUCGUGGACGCGCUCGAGUCGCUGGGCGUGUGCUCGUUUGUGCUCACGACGUGGAUCGAGCAUCAGGGUGACUUUUACGGCCUCUACGCGAUCAAAGUGACGCUCUUGGCGCUGCUCAAGCUGCUCGAGUCCCAGCAUCCGGUCGUGCUGGCGCUGGUAGUCCAAGGCGAGAUGGUGCAAAAUCACACGUCGUCCACCAAGCGGGCGCUGCGAUCGGCCAACAAAGCCGAGCCGACGUCACGGCAAUACACGCAAGUGUCGUUUGCGACCAAAUUGGUGAGCAUCCUUGCCAUGACGUACGCGCAAUUCGAAGACGAAGCCGAAGCCGACGACAUGGAUUCGUCCGACGAAGAAGAAAGUGAUGAUGGUGACGACAGUGACGAAGAAGUAUCGGUAUGUUGCGCAAAGUGUUAAAGAUAUAUAUGAUCGCUUGGUCGUGGCGUGUAGGCGACGUCGGUGCGACCUGGAGGCCCAUCGUCGAUCUUUGCACCCAGUGAGGACUUUUUGCUGUCUGACAUGCUGGAUGGUGGUUCUGAACCGGACGGCGACGACGAAGAUGAGAUCGAAGCUGCGAUGGACCCCCUCAACGACGUCGACUUGAAGGAACAAAUCGUGCUUGUCAUGAGAGCUCUGAACUCGACCCCCAGCUUUGUUGAGUCUGUCGUUCCUGGUCUGACCGCCACAGAAAAAAGUAUCAUUCAAGACAUGCUCUCGUAAGCUAAAGAAAGCCACGUCAUGGAAUUGGUCAACAGCCAGCAACGGAUCCUCGAUCGCUGAUUCGUUGGAAUAGCUGUUAAAACUAUCCAAUAGGCAUGUACUCCUUGUUUGAAA